CGUUCAAUUUUAAAAGCUAUAAUAUACCUAAAUAUGUACAUUCACCUUGAAAACAUUAUGUUCAUGAAUAUGAUGAUAGUUGCAGUGCUUCUCUUCUUGCUGGCUUGUACGGCUAAUCAUGUAGUGGCUAACGAGGAAAGUAGCAGUGCGAGUGUGAAUGAUCAAGCUCAGUGCAUAGAGAAAGAAAGAGAAGCUCUCCUCAGCUUUAAGAGAGUUGUAGAUCCAGGUAACAUUCUCUCCUCUUGGAUAAUCAAUAAUAGCACAAACCAAAACUGUUGCAAUUGGAUAGGUAUCACUUGUGAUAACCGAACCAAUCAUAUCAUUAAGAUUGAUUUUAGUGGUGUUUAUCAUGUUAAUACUGAUGGUUAUGAGUAUGCAAUUGGUGGUGAGAUUGGCUCCUCCUUAGUUGAGCUACAGAAGCUGCAGUACCUGGACUUUAAUGGGAACAGCUUCAGUGGAAUACCAAAGUUUAUUGGAGCUUUAAUAGAUCUCAUAUAUCUUGAUCUUGGCGGAAAUCCUAUGAGGGGAGCUAUUCCUUCCGAGCUUGGAAAUCUUACCAAACUGCAAUAUCUUGAUCUUUCAAGCUAUUCCAGGGAUAGCUCACAUAAUAAUCAAAUGAUUGCUGAAAAUUUUGGAUGGCUCUCACGCCUCACUUCUUUGAAGACAUUCAGACUCAAGAGUGCCGAUUUUACAAGAGCCGGCCUUCAAUCUUUCAAAAUUCCAUCAUCCUUACUAAACUUAGAGGUAUCAUAUUGUUUACUCCCCAAGAUCGAUACUUCUCUGUCCUUUUCAAAUUCAUCAAAUUUUCUCGAAACUCUUUCCCUAACACACAACUCUAUCCAUCCCACGGCAAUUAGUUGGUUUUUAAAUUCUACUGUGAACCUUGUUGAUAUGACCCUCGGAAACAACAUCAUAAAUGGUUUCUUUCCAGACUCCUUCGGCCAUAAAGAUUAUCUUAUAAAUGUUGAUUUAUCAGAUAACGAAGUUGGAAGUGGGUUACCGAAAUCCUUGGGGAAUCUUACCAACCUAAAAGUCUUAGACAUUUCUUAUAACAAUCUUGGUGGAACCGUACAUGAUAUUUUCGAGAUCCUAUCAUCUUCAACCAAGAAUUCCUUGGAGAUUUUGCAUUUGAGCUCUAACCAACUUCGAGGAUUAUUAUUACUUCUUGAUGAUAAGAAAACUUUCCCAUCUUUGACGCUUUUAGACCUUAGUUAUAAUUUGGUUGAAGGUCCUUUUCCCAAUUGUUUUAGUAGAUUUCCAAAUCUUCGUGAGUUGUAUUUAGACUACAACAACCUCACUGGUCUAUUGCCUGAUCUUUCUUCAAUGCCCAACUUGACAGUUUUCAGUGCAAAUAAUAAUAAGUUCAAUGGUACUUCAAUUGAUAGUAUUGGUGAGCUUUAUUUUCUUGAGAGGUUAGAUUUCUCUUCGAAUUCUCUCACAGGGGUCAUAUCUGAAGUUAACUUACGUUGUCCUAAUUUGAAAGAGCUAGACUUAUCGUAUAACUCUUUGACAAUGAAAUUUCAAUCCAAUUGGGUUCCCCCAUUUCAACUGAAAUCCAUAAGGCUCUCUUCUUGUAAGUCAGGUCCUCAAUUCCCUCGUUGGCUCCAAACACAAUUCAACCUCACACACCUAGACAUUUCCAAUAAUGAAAUUUCUGGUGAUCUUCCUAGUCACUUCGGUAAUAUAACUUCGAAGCUGUUUACUUUAAAUAUCUCUUACAAUCUUCUUAGUGGCACCGUGCCAAAAUUGUCACUACGAUCUCUCUCUACAGUUGACUUGAGUUUCAACCAAUUCCAAGGCUCUGUUCCACCUUCUCUGUCCAAUGCAACUUAUUUGUAUCUGUCCAAUAAUAACUUCAAUGAUUGUGUGUCUUUUCUCUGUGAAGUGAGAGAGGUUUCGACAGGUUUUCUUGACCUUUCCAAUAAUCAGUUAAUCGGAAGGCUGCCUGAUUGUUGGGAGAAUUUCAACACUCUUUGUGUUUUAAGGUUGAGCAACAAUAACUUUUUUGGAGAGAUCCCAAGCUCAAUUGGUUCUAGUUCAACUAGAUUUCAGACUCUACAAUUGAGGCAUAAUAACUUCUCAGGAUCUUUGCCUUCUUCAUUGAAAGACUGCAGUAAGCUUCUAGUUUUGGAUUUGGGACAUAAUAAUUUGGAACAUAUGGUACCAUGGUGGAUAGGUGAAAGAUUAACAAAGUUGGUUUUUCUUAGUCUCAAAUCAAAUAAAUUCUACGGAUAUGUACCAUCAAAUCUUUGUCAUCUUACUAAGAUUCAAAUAUUGGAUCUCUCCCAAAAUAAUUUGUCUGGAGCCAUCCCUUCAUGCCUUGAGAAUUUCACCUCAAUGGUACUUGAACAAAAAUUUGACGAUCAUAUCACCAGCACAAUAGUUUUCAAGACUGGUCCGCUUGAAAGUACCUUAUUUGGUAGUUUUCAAAACAAUGCAUGGAUCAUUUGGAAAGGAGUAGAGUAUGAAUACGGUAAGAUUCUUGGAUUGCUAAGAAUUAUUGAUCUUUCAAGCAACAAAUUGAAUGGAAAUAUCCCAUUUGAAGUAACUAGUCUUGUACAAUUGGUUCAGCUAAAUCUAUCAAGAAAUGAAUUGAGUGGAAGCAUUCCAGAGAAUAUAGGGAACUUGACUAAGCUAGAAUCAUUGGAUUUGUCUCACAAUAAGCUUUCUGGGAAGAUUCCCACAAGCUUGGCUGUAGUAACUUUGUUGAAUUACUUGGAUUUAUCAAAUAAUAGAUUAUUAGGGAGAAUCCCUGCAAGUACUCAAUUACAGAGCUUUAACGCUUCUUCGUACCUUGAUAAUCUUGCACUGUGUGGACUUCCUCUAACAAGCUUUUGCCCCGGAGAUGAGACAGUAUUGCCAAGUCCUGCUAGUUCAAAUGGGGACGAUGGGAAAUGGUUUAACAUGUCAUCAUUUUACAUUGGAAUUUGUGCGGGCUUCCUCAUUGGAUUUUGUGGGAAUUUUCUGCUGGACUCUUCUUGGAGAUUUGCUUAUUUUCAGUUCAUGCGUAUUUUUGGAGGCUGGCUUUACCAGAUGAUUAUUACCCUCUUAAAAAGGGCUGGAUUAAGAGGAAAGCAAGCUUGGCAAUAACAAAACACUACUGCUGGUGAAGAUGUGGACGUGGCGAGGAAGAUGACAGAGCUAUCACAUGAGUAUUUGUGUAUUAUCUUUUGUAAGAUGUAAAAUUAUAUUUCAGUACCAAUAUUUCAAGAACAUGUCAUGGUAAUAUUUUCUUUGUGUUCGUUUGUAAGAUCUAAUAUGCCAACAUUGAAUUCAUAUAUAUAUAUAUAUAUAUAUAUACUUCCAUGUCA